AUGGAGCAAUCACCUGCCAAACGGCGCAAGAAAAACAAUGCCCAGUCCUCUCCAUUACCAACCCGGAGUCUAGAUUAUUUCUUUGGUAGGCAGGCUGUGAGGAAGGAGGAGAAGUCAGGGGAGAAGGGACCCGACGUUGAACCUGGUACUCAUGCCACCAAUCAUGUAGAAAGCGAUGAAGAGCUAGCGCGGAGGCUACAGCAGCAAUGGGAGGAGGAAGACAAGACGCAACAGCAGUCUCAUUCAGAUGCACCAACAUCGAGGGCCAAUGGAGGCCCCGAGACUGCCACUGAGAGCCAGCACGAUGGUCUGGGUCCCACUGAGGAGAACGAUGCCAUUAACUCAAAACCUGCUGCUGCCACAGCAGAAAUGGUGGCUAGGAAAGAUCUACUUGGCCUACAGUCUACCGCUUCUGCGGAGGACACAAUCACGCUCAAUUUACCCUUCGAUCAAAGUCCACUUACAUUCAACCCGUCCGAUUACAUCCCGGAGCUGAAGAAGCAUUGGGCUGCUGAUGGUGGCAAUGCCUCCUAUGCCCUCCUGACUCGUUGCUUUGUCCUCGUCAGUUCCACCCAGUCUCGGAUCAAGAUUGUGGACAAUCUGGUCAACUGUAUGCGGCUGUUAAUCGAAGCUGAUCCGGAUAGCUUGCUGCCGGCUGUCUGGCUUACCACGAAUUCGAUUUCGCCACCGUACGUUUCUCUAGAACUUGGGCUUGGCGGUUCAGCAAUAUCUAAGGCCUUGAAGAAAGUUUGUGGCCUGGAUGGUUCGGGACUGAAGUCAUUGUACGACAAGCACGGUGACGCUGGGGAUGUUGCGUUUGAGGCAAAAAAGCGCCAGUCUUUCACACUUCGCAAGCCUAAGCCGCUGUCUAUACAAGGCGUUUACCAGUUGCUGGUCAAAAUCGCGAACAGCAAAGGCACCGGCAGUGUAGAACAGAAGCAGCGGUUUGUCGAACGACUUGUACAAGAUGCCCGUGGUGCGGAGGAAAGUCGAUACAUUGUCAGAACGCUGUGCCAGCACUUACGUAUUGGUGCUGUGAAGACCACAAUGCUAAUUGCAUUGGCUCGUGCUUUCAGUCUCUCACGACCCAAAGGUGCCGAUUUUCCCCUUCAGGAUGUUGCAGAACUCCGCAGACUCAAGAAGGAAGAGCUUACAGCAACCUGGCUCCGGGCCGAAGAAGUGGUAAAAGGCUGCUUUGCACGACGGCCAAAUUACAACGAUCUCGUUCCUAUGUUGCUUGAAGUCGGCGUGUCUGACGAGCUCAGGGUAAGGUGUGGCCUUGCCCUUCACAUUCCUCUUCGUCCUAUGCUUGGCAGUAUCACCAGGGAUCUGAGCGAGAUGCUCACCAAGCUGCAAGGGCGUGAUUUCAGCUGUGAGUUCAAGUACGAUGGACAACGAGCUCAAGUUCACUGCGACGAACGUGGAAAAGUGUCCAUCUUCUCACGUCAUCUUGAAGUGAUGACAGAUAAAUACCCGGAUCUGGUCGCUUUGGUACCGGAUAUCAGAGGUGAUGGCGUUUCCAGCUUUAUCUUGGAAGGCGAAGUGGUAGCAGUGGACCAAGACUCGGGCGAACUUAAGACUUUCCAGACACUCACCAAUCGCGCCCGCAAAGACGUCGACAUCAAUACUAUUCAAGUGGAGGUCUGCCUUUUCUCAUUCGAUCUCAUGUAUCUCAAUGGCCAGUCGUUGCUUGACAGAUCGUUCCGAGAGCGACGUGGACUGCUACGAAGCAUGUUUGUGGAGAAGAAGAAUCGAUUUACAUGGGUCAAGAGCUUGGAGGCAACGUCCGCUGACUCGGAAACUGUGCUCGAGUUCUUCAAGAGUGCCACGGACGUGAAAUGUGAAGGUAUCAUGGUCAAAGUGCUCGAUAAUCUACCAAAUUCCGAGCUACAGACCUCGGAGGAAGCGGUGGAGGAGAUGUCAGCCCCCCAAACACCAAGCAAGGGCAAAAAAGGUGCCACCAAAAAGAGCCAAGGAGCCAAAGACGAGGAGAAGGACAAAGGCACACGACGUAAGGCGCUACUUGCCACUUACGAGCCUGACAAACGCCUCGAUUCGUGGCUGAAAGUCAAGAAAGAUUACGCUACGUCCGCCGAUACUAUCGAUCUUAUACCGGUCGCGGGAUGGCAUGGUCAGGGACGCAAGGCGAAAUGGUGGUCCCCGAUACUGCUUGCCUGUCGAGACCCUAUCACAGGAUCUUUGCAGGUAGUUACAAAGUGCAUUUCAGGCUUUACAGACAAGUUCUACCAGGCCAAUAAGGAGAAGUACGCGGAGGAUGGAGACAACACGCAUUCCUCGAAGCCAAGCUACAUCGAGUACGGUGGCCAUCCUGACGUCUGGUUCGAGCCUCAGGAAGUUUGGGAAAUGGCUUUCGCCGACAUCACGCUAAGCCCCACCUAUACUGCGGCGAUCGGCCUCAUCAGCGAGGAACGAGGGCUGAGUAUGCGCUUCCCCAGAUUUCUGAAGAUCCGUGAAGACAAAGGCCUUGAGGAGGCGAGCACAUCCGACUUCUUGGCUGGUCUCUACCGCAAGCAAGAGGCCAGGAUCAAGGAGGCUGGUGGUGCGGUCGAAACUCUCGAGGAGGCCGAAGAAGACUUUUGA